AUGGGCGAUUUAUAUGACAAGGAAAUCCAAUAUCUGGAAAAUACUCAUAGAAGAUUAGGCAAAGUUCUACAAGCGCGUCAAAAACGGCGUCGUUUGCAACUAAAUUCUGCUUUACAUUCAACAGACAUUUUUAUUACUAAUUAUGAAAAUAACCACCAAGGAAAUAAAAGUUCUCUUGCGAAUUCUGAUACUACCGCUACAAAGAAGAAGCAGCCUCAAAACAGUUUACCUCGUUCUAGCAUCGAUGGUGUCUUUUUUGGAGAGUCUAAGAGUAAACGAAGAUUGAGUUCUCGUACAAAUGCUAGCGAACAAGAGCAGGAUACGGAAUUAUCGCAACGAUUUGAUGAAUAUCCAAAAUUAAAAGAAUUAACUAAGAUGAAAAAUGCAUUAGUUGCCAAUAGAGCAACGCCACCAACUUAUCUAAAGGCUGAUCUAAGAACAUUCGAGUUAAAGUCAUUGGGAACAAAAUUUGAUGUCAUUCUAAUUGAUCCUCCAUUAGAAGAGUUAGAUGUAGCUGCCACACCUUCGUUUAUUUUCAUCUGGUCCGGCGAUUCUGAUGGUUUAGAUCGUGGACGUCAGUUACUACUCAAAUGGGGAUAUCGAAGGUGUGAAGAUAUUGUUUGGAUAAAAACCAAUAAGAAAUGGGAGGGAAGUCGUUUUAUUGAACCAAGAUCAGUAUUUCAGCGUACAAAAGAACAUUGUAUAAUGGGUAUUAAGGGGACAGUUCGUCGAAGUACAGACGGACAUUUUAUUCAUUGUAACGUUGAUACAGAUGUCAUUAUAUCCGAGGAACCGCCAUACGGAAUAGGCACAGCCAAACCCGAGGAAUUAUAUCACAUAAUAGAACAUUUUUGUCUUGGACGUAGAAGACUUGAAUUAUUCGGGGAGGAUCAUAAUAUUCGUCCUGGUUGGUUGACUAUUGGAAUGGGAUUAUCAAGCUCAAAUUUCGAUCCUGUUCGAUAUGCGAAUUAUUUCACAGAGCCAAGUGGAUAUUUGUUGGGUUCAACGGCUGAAAUUGAAGCUUUACGACCUAAAUCUCCACCUCCCAGAGACAACACAUCAACACCCAAAGUAGGUAGCGGCGGUAGCGGGGGAGGCGCAGGAGGUGGGCAACAAGGAACAAACUUGAAACCAAAACUAAAGAAACCCGCCCAGAAUGUUCUUCCUGUUCCGCCGAUUCCUCAGUUUCCGCAACAUCGGUGGGUUCCAAUGGAAGGAAAUUUGUAUGCUCAAAAUCAACCAUAUGAAUGGUAA